UUUCAUAAAGCAAUCGUUAGCGUACGUUUGAUCGUUAACCAAACGUAACGCUAAAAUUCCGUUUCAUAAAACAAUCGUACUUUGCGAUGGUCGUACAUUGCGUGCAAAUCGCGAACGUUAUUAGCGUGUACUUGAACCUAUCGCAGAUUAAUCGCAGCGUCAAAGAUGGCCGUCGCCUUAUUAAUUUUUAGACACAAUGAACGCAGGGCACUGCGCAGGGAAAGAGUAUUUAGAGAUAGAACUAACAUUAUGGACAAUCUGAAUGACAUAGAAAUAAUUUCAAGAUAUCGUUUAGACAGACAAAGUAUUUUUGAAUUGGUAGAUGUGCUUGCCCCUCACUUAGAAAGGCCGACACUGAGAAACUUUGCCAUCCCCCCUUUGCAUAAAGUUUUGACAACUUUAAGGUACUAUGCAAAGGGGGGGUUCCUGUCUGAGAUAGGAGAUAUCCAUGGCAUAAGUCGUUCUUCGGUUAGCAGCAUUAUAUCAUCUGUUACACUUUCUCUUGUUACAACUCUUCUACACAAAAUAAAAUUCCCUGUUGACCAACCUUCUUUGAGAGAAAUCAAGCAUGACUUUUAUACAAUGUCUGGUAUGCCGAAUGUUGUUGGUGCAGUUGACGGUACGUUGAUACCAAUAAUUAGACCGAGUGAGGACGAGCAGAUUUUUGUAUGUAGGAAAAAUUUUCACAGCUUGAAUGUGCAAGCCAUUUGUGAUGCCAAAAUGAAGUAUAAGUAUGACAUAUGGCCUUCUUAUUUCAGAUUUACCAAUGUAGUUGCAAAAUGGCCUGGAAAUACCCAUGACAGCUUCAUAAUGCAGAAUUGCUCUUUAAAUGAAAAAUUCGAGAACAAGCAGGUAGAUGGCUGGCUUUUGGGUGACUCAGGGUAUCCCCUUAAACCAUGGCUGUUAACACCCUUCUUAAAUCCAUCAUCAAAUGGAGAAGAAAAAUACAACAGAUGUCAUAAAAGUACCAGGAAUGUAAUUGAGAGAGCCUUUGGACUUCUGAAAUCCAGGUUUAGGUGCUUACACAAAACCACUGGAUGCCUACAUUUCAUCCCAAAAAAAUGUACCAACAUUGUUGUAGCAUGCUUCAUACUUCACAACAUUUGCAUAGACAAGUCUAUUCCACAGUUGGAUGAACUGCUCGAAGAUGACAAUAAUGAGGAUGAUCAUGAGCAACCAGAUGUUUUCAAUGAUGGUAUAAACACACGUGCCUCACUUGUAAGACAAAGGUUCAACUAAACAUGAUACACAUAGUGCAAAACCAUAAUUUUAAAUUGUUACCGGUAGUUUAAGAAUAUUUCACAGAGUGACAUUACCUUUAUUAAUCUACAAAUAAAAUUAAUAGACAGAAGAGUUUUAUAUCAAGCCAGCUAUUACAGAUUAAUUGUACUUUAUAUUUAUUUGGAUAAUGACACAAUGGGAGCAUAUUUUGAAGAAAAAAUAUU